UUGUCGUCAGCACCAUCUAGUUGUAACAUUGUCGUCAGCACCAUGUAGUUGUAACAAUUUGGGGUGUGUUUUGACACAUUCUGGAAAACCACGGUCUAUGCAUUCAUUGCUAGCAUUUGGUUUGGUUUUCGUCGUUAUGAUGACUGAUGUUGCUGUUGCCCGACCGGAACCACUGCCUAUGUUUUUGGCUAAUCGUGCCAUCCAAUCAACAGGAUUCGAAGUAAAAAAGGCCGACCAAAAUGUGUCGAGGACUUCGGUAGCAAUCGGGGAUUCAGCGGACAUCCCAGUACCGGCCGUGCAAAUUUCAGAUGGAAUCUCCGAAACGAAUAAAGACGAAGUUUCACCUGUGGCAACAUCAAAAAUCCCGUAUGCCAAAGACUAUAUUGCAGACGUACCCGCUACCAGCGAUUUGGUAUCCAGCUUGCCAGUUGCAUCCAAAUCGGACGUGACAGCUGCAUCCCAAACCAUCGUAGAUCCGACGGAACUCAAUAAUCCGGUUGACUUGCCCGUUGCAUCUAAAUCGGACGUGACAGCUGAAUCUCAAUCCAUCGUAGAUCCAACGAAACUCGAUAAUCCGGUUGACUUGCCAGUUGCAUCGAAAUUGGACGAUACUGUUGGAUCUCAAAUGGCCAUUGAUCAAACGGAAGUUAAUAGUCCGAUUGAUAAUAGCGCAAACAUGGGUGAUGCAGACCUCGCAAACAACAGCGAACCAGCGUCAGUGCUCGACGGUAGCAACCCUAGCGAUGAUAACACGGACCAAACUGCAUUCACGGAGAAAAAAUUGUUGAAGAAAAAAGCUGCAAAGGCCAAGAAAUCCAAAAAAAUUAACAAGGUGCCAUCACUGAACCGUGUGCGCCUGUUGGACAGUUUGAUUGAUUUACUUUUGGACUCGCUGAUACCAACCAACGACGACAUCAGACGCAGCAGAAGGUCCCGCUCCUUUGACGAAUUUUUUGAUUAUGCCUUCCCUUCAUCGCCGUAUGUAUUUAACUAUUUUUAAACUAAGAUCGUGGCGUAUUUUUUAUCUCUCUUCGUGCUAUAAAAAAAAAUAGUUGGAAACUAUUUAUUCUUGGAAAAUGUUGAAAUAAGAAAUAUACAUAUUAUGUAUACUUA